AUAGCUGUAUGGGUUCAUUUAAUACACAAUACAGUUUUACCGUCCUCGUCGUUUAACGUGCUCAGAAAAAAUAUUUUAUUGCCAAAAAAAAAGACGAAUACUUUUAAUUUAAAUUAGUUUUUACUUUUCUAAAAACAAAAAAAGGAUACAAGUUUAGUGAAAUGUGAAACAUUGUACUUAAUUGUCAAACGAGUGUGUGUUUUUCUACACAUACACACUUUGUGAAAUCGUUAGAGUGGCUUGGCAAGCAUACAUACACAAUCAUACAUACGUAUAUACUUAUAUAGAGAAAAUCAACUUCUCAUUUGGUAUAUGCGAAAUUUUCUAUUAAUCUCCUCCGGUAUAUUUGCAUAAAAAAAUGUUGAAGUGCAAAACAUUUUAAAACAGUGCCAAAUAAAGGAUAGCCUUUGAUUUAACUGCAAGGUUAUUACAUUUUUGGUUUGCCGAGCACAAAGGUAACUGUUAAGUCAUUCCAUUUCUAACCAACCUCGAGUCCAGAAAAAUUGCGAUAAGUGCUUACGAUAAUGACGCUGAAAGUUACAUCGAUGCUGGAUUAGUUGGUAAUGCAACUUUAGAACCUUACGAUCAGUUAGAGCACUUGAGCACUAUGCGCGAAGCGCUAUUUUCCCAGGAUGGCUGGGGUUGUCAGCAUGUCAACCAAGAUACCAAUUGGGAAGUUCCCAGCUCUCCAGAACCAACUAACAAAGAUGGUGCAGGACCGCCCAUGUGGAAGCCAAGUAUUAACAACGGCACAGAUCUUUGGGAGUCCAAUUUAAGAAACGGCGGUCAGCCAACUACUCAACAAGUUCCAAAGCCGUCUUGGGGUCAUACACCUUCUUCUAACCUAGGCGGAACUUGGGGAGAGGAUGAUGAUGGAGCCGACAGUAGCAGUGUGUGGACAGGAGGAUCGGGUAGCAACGCAGCAUCUGGAGCUACAGUGGGAGUAAUCCAAGGUGGAGUCAAUGUUGGCCAAGGAGGUGUAGUCUCUUCUGGCGGACCUCAAUGGGGUCAAGGUGUAGUAGGCGUUGGACUCGGAUCAACUGGAGGUAGUGGAUCAAACAAUUUAACUGGAGCCACGGGUGUCGUCGCCGGUGGUAGCGGAAACUCCAACAGCACUGGAAACGGAUGGGGAGACCCUCGAGAAAUUCGUCCUUUGCCUGGGGGUGGCUCUAUGGAUAUUCGGAAUGUUGAUCAUCGUGGUGGUGGAAAUGGUUCUGGCGGGGCUACCAGCGAUCCCCGAGAUAUUCGUAUGAUUGAUCCACGUGAUCCUAUACGAGGAGAUCCCCGUGGAAUAUCCGGUCGUCUAAAUGGCACAUCCGAAAUGUGGGGCCAUCAUCCGCAAAUGUCCCAUAAUCAGAUACAAAAUAUUAACAAAAUGGUUGGCCAAAAUGUGGCAACUGCGAGCACGAAUGUUGGAGGAACAUCAGGUCCAGGCAUCGGUCCCGGAGGUGCUGGCCCAGUUCCUGUCUCGGCCAAUAUACCAACACAGUGGGGGCCGGCUCAAGCCGUUGGCGUCAACGUUAGUGGCCCCAAAGAAGUUUCAAAGCAGAUCAGUGGUUGGGAAGAGCCUUCGCCACCGCCUCAGCGUCGCAGUAUUCCCAAUUACGACGAUGGCACCUCGUUGUGGGGUCAGCAAACUCGUGUUCCUGGUUCGAGCGGUCACUGGAAGGAUAUGACUGAUUCAAUUGGUCGUGGUGGCCAUUUGAUGCGUGGUCAAAUUCAGUCGGGUGGUACCGGAAUCGGUAGCACAAGCGUUGGCAAUAGUAGUGUUCCAGUGGGUGCCAAUCCCAAUAAUCCUAUGAACAGUGUUGUCGGGCCUCAGGCUCGCUUAGCAACCGUGGGCAGCGUGCAACACAAGCCCGAUGGAGGGGCCAUGUGGGUGCAUUCGAACAAUGUUAGUGGAAGGAAUACUGUUGCUGCCGUCACCACGUGGGGCGAUGACAGUCACAACGUCAAUGUGGCUGCCUCCAGUGGAGGUGGAAGUGGUGUAUCUAGUAGUAACUGGGUGGAUGAAAAACCCAACACGACACUGGCACAAAACUCUUGGAGCGAAGCAAACUCUGUUGGAGUAAGUUGGGGAAAUAAGCAAAGUAAACUGCCAGCCUCUAGUGUCUCAUCGGGAUGGAGCAGUACGGCCGGGGUAGGUGUGGUGGAAGGCGUUGACUUGGGAUCCGAAUGGAGCGCACACGGUGGGAUUAUUGGAAAAUCUCAACAGCAGCAAAAGCUAUCGGCCCUUAAUGUGGGAAUGGUAAACGUUAUCAAUUCGGAGAUGAUUAAGCAGAGCAAGCAAUACCGCAUUCUUGUUGACAACGGAUUCAAGAAGGAAGACGUGGAACGGGCCUUAGUGACUGCCAAUAUGAACAUCGAAGAAGCUGCCGAUAUGCUUCGCGCCAAUUCAUCUUUGGCAAUUGAUGGCUGGCGUCGACAUGAGGAGUCUCUUGGGUCUUAUUCCGACCACACAAGUUCAACGAGCAGCGGUGGAUUUGCCGGUCGUUACCCAGUCGGCAGUGGACAGAUGACUUAUUCUCAUAACCCUAUGAGUAACAUGGGUUGUACUGCUGUUACUGGAGCUGGCAACAAUAAUACAAACAUGUCGGCUUUGCAAGUGCAAAAGUAUUUGAAUCAAGGCCAACACGGCGUUGCUGUUGGACCUCAGUCGGUUGGAAACUCAUCCGGCGUGUCCGCCGGGUUUGCUCAAAACACACCUAACGUAGCAGUGGCAGCCGCAGCCUCUGUAAAUAUAGCAGGAAACACCAACAAUCAACCGUCGGGACAACAAAUUCGCAUGCUGGGCCAGCAGAUUCAGCUGGCCAUACAUAGUGGUUUCAUAUCUAGUCAGAUAUUGACUCAACCGCUAACACAGACAACUCUUAAUCUGUUGAAUCAACUUCUUAGCAAUAUAAAGCAUCUCCAAGCAGCACAGCAAUCCCUUGCUCGUGGGGGAAAUGCGAAUCCAAUGGCAGUGAAUGUGGCGAUAUCCAAGUACAAGCAGCAAAUUCAGAAUUUACAAAACCAAAUAAAUGCACAACAGGCUGUCUACGUAAAACAGCAGAAUAUGCAACCAACUUCGCAGCAACAGCAGCCACAACAGCCGCAGCAACAUCCCUCAGUACACUUAAACAACUCAGGCAAUGAAUAUUUAAGAAGCCACGAUGCAAUUAAUAACUUGCCAAGCAAUUUUUCCGAGCUUAACAUCAAUAAGCCAAGUGGAUAUCAAGGAGGGUCCAAUCAACAGUCCCGAUUAAACCAGUGGAAGCUUCCAGUAUUAGACAAGGAUAUAAACUCCGAUAGUACGGAAUUUUCCCGUGCUCCAGGUGCAACUAAACAAAACUUAACGAACAAUUCGAGCAACAUUAGUUCUUUAGGUCUUCAAAACGAUGGUACUUGGUCAACUGGUCGCAAUAUUGGGGACGGAUGGCCAGACCCCUCAUCCGAUAACGAGAAUAAAGACUGGUCAGUUGCACAGCCAACUUCAGCUGCAACUGCCUACACCGACCUGGUCCAAGAGUUUGAGCCAGGGAAACCAUGGAAGGGUUCUCAGAUCAAAAGCAUAGAAGAUGAUCCCAGCAUUACUCCUGGAAGCGUUGCUCGAUCUCCACUAUCAAUUAAUUCGACGCCAAAAGAUGCUGACAUAUUUGCCAAUACCGGCAAGAAUUCACCGACUGAUUUGCCGCCGCUAAGUUUAUCGUCGUCCACUUGGAGUUUUAAUCCUAACCAAAAUUUCCCAAGUUGGUCUGACAAUAGUCAGCAAUGUGCAGCCACUUCUGAGCUUUGGACAAGCCCCCUAAACAAAUCAUCGCAACGAGGUCCGCCACCAGGAUUGACUCCCAAUUCAAACAAAACAGGAGGAAAUGGAGGAAAUUGUACUACGUCAACCCCAUCUGCUGUCACAGGCGCUUCUAAUGGUUGGCUACAGGCUCGAAGUGGUGGUGUUCAAACAACAAAUACAACGUGGACGAGUGGAAAUACAUCUUGGGGCUCCAGUUGGUUGCUUCUCAAAAAUCUAACAGCUCAGAUUGAUGGACCUACUUUACGUACACUGUGUAUGCAACAUGGCCCCCUUGUAAGCUUUCACCUAUAUUUGAACCAAGGAAUUGCCUUAUGUAAAUAUGCAACCCGAGAAGAGGCAAACAAGGCGCAAAUGGCGUUAAACAACUGUGUUCUUGCUAACACCACCAUAUAUGCAGAAUCUCCGAGCGAGAAUGAGGUGCAAAACAUAAUGCAGCACUUGCCACAAACGGCAUCCUCUGCAAGUUCCAGUGGAAGCAGUACUGGAACCGGCGGAGGAGCUGUCACCCCAUCCAACAGUGGUGGCAGCAGCUCGGGGCCUAGUCUAUCCGGAAACAGCAGCAACGGCAACAACAGUAAUGGUAAUGGAAACACCGGCGGUAGUGGUGUCAGUGGUGGUGGCAACAAUGGAAAUAGCAGCGCCAAGACCAGUGGUGGAGUCAGUAAUCCAACCACCAGUGUGACCACUUCGAAUCUACUCGGUUCUAGCGGAGGAGGGUCAGUCUCAAAUGCUUCUAGCGGUGGUGGCUCUGGUACGGGCUCUGUGGGAAGUGGUACUGCGGCGAGUAGCAAUUCUUCUAACGGUGGACCAGGAUCUACGAACAGUGUUGGCUCAAAGAGUACUGCAAGCAACGUAACCAUACCUGGUGGUAGUCAGUCUAGCGCUUCUAACCUAUCUAAUAGCACCAACUCAACAUGGCGUCAAACAGGCCAAAACCAAACUCUUCAAGGUCAAAGCAGGACAUCGGGCAGAGAAGCUGACUUUGACUAUAUAUCUCUCGUUUAUUCCAUUGUUGAUGAUUAAAAGAUCUAUGAUUGGUCGUUGACCAUCGACUAUCGCAUUCUGUGACUCAAGACACACACACACCCAAAAGCUUCAAAUGAUUUGAUACUAAGUAUGUAUGGAAAGCAAGACCAUGUUGUGAAGAAUAUAAAAGUGGAACGACUGAUAGACGAAUGGACUUAGAAUUUUGUAUGCCCGUAGAUUUAUUUUUCUUCAUCGUUCAUAGACCUUAACUUGUAACUUGUAAGUUUAAAAUUAAUCAAUAUGAAAAAAACAACAUCCGACAUAUAGAUAUACAUAAAUAUGAUGUCAAGCAAAAAAAGAUAUACUUGAUGGUUUGCUAUAACAAAAAUGCUUACCUUCCUAUUUAAGAAAAAGUGUUUUGUCUCUGGCGCCAAUAGCAGCUUACCUUUGGGAAAGGGAAAAAAUUCUCAACAGUAACACGACGUGUGCAUGCAAACUCGUAUAAGGUAAAAUAUACAUUAAUAAUUCAAAUGUAUCAAAUUCUAUACAUAAAUUAAUGUGUAUGUUAAACAAAAUUAAAAUUUUCAGUAACGAAUGAAAUCGAGUGUCGGUAGCACUAAGGGACAAUGACUUGUGUAAUAAUCUCGUUUGAAGCCACUUAUCAUGUCCAAGUUUGACAUGAAGGCAACAUAUACCAGGUACAUAUAUAUGUAUAUCUUUUGUGUACAUAUAUGUUAGGGUUAUGUCCUAUUUUGCUGCUUGUGCAUAUCGAUCAAAUGCCUACUAUUUAUGAGUGUUUUUGUGUUUCCAGUAUGGAAAAAACCUGUGUUAUAUUCAUUAUAGGAAGUUAUAAUCUUAUUACGGUUUUGCUUUCAUCAAAGCAUUCCCACCGAACAAAAUUCGGUUAUACAUUAAAAAUUCACAAUAAAAAUAUCAAUCAAGUUAA